GCUGUCAUCCUGACACUUUCCCUUUCGUUCGAAGGGAAGCAAAGUUUUUCGAGCGUUCUAGAACGCUGGGAGACCCCCCGCCCCGCCCCGCCCCGCCGCUUUGAAGUUCCCCGGGCGCGCGUGGGAAAGCGUCUUCCUUUUUUCCCUCCCCUCUCCCACUCCCUGCAUCCCGCGGGGGUCGCCUGCCCAUGGAGCUGGUGGAAGAGGUGCAGCCGGACAGCCUGGAAGGUUGGGUGGCCAUCAAGGAAAACAUCUUCGGCCAGCCCGAGCCGCCCCACAAGCUGCGCUUCUUGGUGGCUUGGAACGGCGUGGAGAGCAAGUUCGCGGUGACUUGUCACAACCGGACUUUACAAGAACGAACCGGCGGGGAGAAGGAGGGAGGGAAGAAGGAGGAGGAGGAGGAGGAGGAUGAAGAUGAAGAAGAAGAGGCCGGCGAUGAGCAGCGGCUGAGCUGGGCCGGCUUGUACUCCCCGCAGGCCUUGCUAGGGGUCCAUCGGCAGCUGGCGGCUUUGAACCAGCAGCUGGAGCCCUGCUUCCCCGCCUUACCCCCAGCGCUGAGCGGACCCAGCGGUUUCUGGGCGCUGCUCUUCCCCAGCUGCCCGGUUUUGGGGGAGACGGAGCUGGAGACGCUAUGCCGGCGCUUGGAAGCCUACUUCGGCUGGGCCUUGGAAGCCUGCGGACGGAAGACGCUCCUGGAUUCGCUCUUCGCCCAUGAUCAGGAGGAGGAAGAGGAGUAUUUCGAAAACCUGCAGGAGUUCCGGAGGAAAAGUCUCAAGGGGCAGCUGACGGCGGCCAAGGAGACCUUGAGAGGGCUUCUUCACAAGCACAAAGAUGCAGAUAAGCUGGUAGAUUUAAUGGAGCUGUACAAGGAGGAAGAUAAAGCUUACUGGGAGCUGGUGACCAUGGCAACUGAAUUCUAUCAAUAUUUAUUGUUACCGUUCCGAGACAUGAGAGAACUGGCCACGUUAUAUAGACUUGAGAUACUGAAAUCCUUGCAAGCCGACCGUCUGGGCCCCAGGAGGAUAGAAGCUUUGCAGAAAGAGGCCAAGGAGUGGACAGAUCAGGCGGAGGAAGCUGUGUGCUCCAUUCAAAACAUCACAGUUGGCUACUUCAAGGAAACCGUGGCUGCCCUCGCAGCGAUGCACAAACAGAUGGAGCAAGAUCAAAAGCGAUUUGGCCAAGCUGCCUGGGCCUCCGCUUCUCCAAGAUUAGAAAACUUGAAAUAUCUGCUAGCAAAAGAAACCCUUCAGCAUAUGCGAGCCAGAGAAUUGUGCCUGAAGCACAAAAGAGUCGACAUCAGAAAGCAGAUGGAGACGCUCAGCGAGCAGAACAAUGACGUGGCCCAAGUGGAAAAACUGGAGCUAGAGUAUUACGAAACCCAGUUGGAGCUGUACGAGGUACAGUUUGAAAUCCUAAAGAAUGAAGAAAUGCUGCUGGUGACGCAACUGGAGACGUUGAAGAGGCAAAUCAAGGAGAUCCAGAACGAAGUCAUUUAUUACGACACCUGCGAAAACUCUGAGGAAUUAGAAGCCAUGGAUCGGGCCCUGGAAACAAGCUGUGCCUCUUCUUCUGAAGUGGCACAGCUCAGGCAGAAGACCCAGCAGCUGGAGACAAAGCGGGGGAUUAUUUGCUCCAGAAGAGCUUAUCUCAGGAACAAGAAGGACCAAUGUGAAGAGAGUCGGCGUUUGAGGAUCCAGCAGGCACAGGAGACCACGCGCUACUUCCAACAGCAUCACAGCAUCCAGAUUAAAAGAGAGAAGAGGAAAGAAGAUGAGAAAAAGAAAAAAGCCUGGAUCAAGGAAGAGCGGCAGAAAACUCUGGAGAGGCUUAAAUCAUUCAAGGAGAAAUGCCCUGCGCAAUUUGUGCUGAAGACUUCCCGCUCGCAGCCCAUCAACUCGAAGCAGGCUGGACCAAGACGACCUGCAACGGUUCCCCCACAGGCUGGUUCAAUCAGAAAAAGUCCAGCCACCAAGCAAUCCAGAAAUAUCCAUCCGACACAAGUCAGGACUUCCAAAGCAACAUCUCAGAAGUUUCCCAGAGAUGUCCCCAUCCAGAUUUUUGUACCACCGCAUGGGCCGGAACCUCCCAAGGAAGGCGUGGGGGCACCACUAUCUGUGCCCCCACCUCCACCUCCACCUCCACCUCCUCUUCCACCCCCAUGUGUCCAGACUGUUUGCCUAAAAAGCACAGGAGCCCAAGAUAAGCCACGGCCUCUCGUAUGUAAAGGAACAACUUCCUUGGGGAAGGCAGAAGCGGAGUCCAGAUGUCCCACCAAGAAUUACACAGGGACCAUGGAUGAGGUCUUGGCUUCCCUCAAGCGUGGCGAAGUCCUCCUUCGCAGAGUGGACCCGAUCCAACAGGCACCCUCUGGCGGCAAUUCCCUCAACGACAGCAUUCUUGCUGCCAUUAGGCAAGGGGUUAAAUUGCGGAAGGUCAGUCAAGAGCCCAAGGAAGGCGUCGCGAAGGGCAGUGAACUGGAGCAAAGCAUCAAGGCAGCCAUCCAGAGGAUUAAGAAGGUGUCCGCUGACUCCGACGACGACGAAAAUGGAGACUGCAGCAAUGAAGAAUGGAACAGUUAGCGGAGCAGUUGACUGGUUGAGACCUCCUCAGAAGCUCAUGAGGGAUUCUUCGCUCAGAAGACAGCUAACCGUAAAGGAGUGCCAAACAGGAAGAGUGGUCUGGAGCCCAACAGGGUGACUAACUUUCCCGCGUGAAUCGGGCAUCCCAGAAUUCUUAGCGACACUCUGGGAGUUUGGGGGGCAGCUGAAGAAGUGUGGGAAAUGCUCCGCGAUCGACGUCAGAAGUUUCCAAGCGGUCCAGAAAAAUUUGGGACAAGUCUUUUACUCGACACCGAGUUUUAUGCUUUGAAGUUUGCACGUGUUUUCUUUCCUUCUCUCUCUCUCUUUUUUUUUUACAAAGGAAUCAGCACUCCUGAGGGCAGGGGGUCCACAACCUGAGUGGGCUGCGGCCCACGAGCGGGCCGUGAGGAGUUUGCAACUGGGCUGCAGAAAUGGCUGGCGAGCAUGUGCGCACACACCCGUAGCCUCACUUGCAUGAGCAGUGGGCAAACGCACACGUGUGUACGUGUGUACGUGUGUGUGUGUGCUCCAUUUCCACGAGUGGCAGGCAAACGCGCAUGCCACUCGCCAAAUGCAACAGCACACACACACACACACAUAUGGUUGCCGGCUGCUUGCAUGAACCAUCCCCUCCCCACCAGUCCAUAAAGCUGGAAACAUUGGGGAACUCUAAUAGUAACAGUAACAGAGUUGGAAGAGACCUUGGAGGUCAUCUAGUCCAACCCCUUGCUCAUGCAGGAGACCGAACUAGGGAUUUGAACUGCCGACCUUUCUGAUCGACAAGCUCGGUGUCUUAGCCCCUGAGCCACCUAGUCAGGCUCUGGCCUAGGGGAUCAGGGAUAGUGACAAUUUAAUUUAAAAAUCCCUCUUGAUUCCACUUCAGACUUACACUACUAUACGGAAACACUAUUCUUUUGGUUAAGCCUGUUCCAAAACUAUUAUUAAAAUUGUCCCAGGAGAACGAGUUACUUCUCGGAAAUUGCUCCUCAGCUGCCUUGGACAGAGAUAAAUCAUCUCCAUAGACACAUUUUGAAAACAACAACAACAACCCUUUUGAGUAUUCUUAGACCAGUGAAAGGUGAGCACUUUGAAUAUCCUGUCCUACAAAACUAUGGUCCUGGUUACACCGGGUAUUUGCUGACUAGAAGGGUUUUAGUUUAAAUAGAAAUGGCUUCUUUCAACACGGCCAAGACAGGGAGACCUGAGUUGGGGGUAAUAUCUGUGGGCAGGAUUGGGUGCCCUUGUCAACCACAAGGAAAAUAUGAGCCAGCAGUGUGAUCAUCGUCAUCGUUUAACGACCCCACAAUCCCUUACCGGAUGGAGUCGGGACAACUGAAUAAAGCUAGCAGAGUGUUUACUGGCCAGAUGCCUUUCCUGUCGCCAAUGCAGAGUUUUGUUCAGCAGAUCUUCUCAUCGUGCCCAGAGAGAGAAAUAUCUGCCUCUACCUAGGACCCUGAUGGCGAACCUAUGGCGCGUGUGCUGGAAAUGGCACGCAGAGCAAUCUCUCUGGGCACGCGAGCUGUCACAUGUUGCUCUUCCGGGUUCCGGCAUGCUGGCCAGUUGGUCUUCAUGCGUGCGGGAGCGCCGGAAACCGGAACAGCAGCUUCCCAGUGUGCAUGCAUGUGCCGGGCGGCUACUCUUCUGAUUUCCACCGUGCGCAUGCGCACAAGCCAGCUGCUCUUUGCGUUCGCAUGCAUGCCAGAAACCGGAAGACCAGAUGGCCAGUGCGCACGUGCGCGCUGAAAAACCAGAAAAUCAACUUCCCGGUGUGCGCGUGUGCGCUGGGCAGCUGCUCUUCUAUCUUCGGCCUUUGGUACUGAAAAGGUUCGGCAACACUGACCUAGGAUCUCCAUCCGUAAAAAGAUAAGUACUGAGAUUUGUCUCAGCAAAAGUUCAAAUCAUAAAAAAAUAAUCGAUCAGGAGAGCUAUCGAGAGGGUGAGUUCUAGGACCCUCUUGGGCUGCUGAGAGCAAGGCAUCCUCAGCUGGGUGAUGUACCUGGAUGUUACCCCACCAGGAACCCUGCUGGAAGUCUCUACACAUUAUACGUGGCUGCUUCAAUGAAGAAACGGGGUCUUAUUUGCAUUCGGCUUAUUGCAUUUGCCAGAUUCCGUUUUCAUUACCUUCCCUGCCAUCUCGCUGGCUAGGAAUAUUGGCUGAGAUAAGAAAGGACGUAUUAUUUAACGUUUGCUUUGUUCUGCCAUGGCCGGAGUCUUAAAUGAGCCGUGUCCAAAAUGAAUCUCAGCUUCAGUCCAUGUCAAAACAGAUGGCAGACCUCAUUUUCUUUGCCAGGUGUCACGUUUCUGUAUAUUUCUCGUGGCCCUGCGGUAGUGAAGGGUUUCAAAUUUUUUUACUAUCAGUUCUGUAGGUGUGGGCGUGGCAUGGCUUGGUGGGCGUGGCUUGAUGGGCGUGGCAGGGGAAGGAUACUGUAAAAUCUCAAUUCCCUCUCCAAUCCAAGGGAAGGAUACUGUAAAAUCUCCAUUCCCAUCCCACUCCAGGGGAAGUUUACUGCAAAAUCCCCAUUUUCUCCUGAUCAGCUUGGACUUGGGAGGCAGAGAAGAGAUGGGGGCAGGACCAGUCAGAAUUUUUACUACCGGUUCUCUGAACUACUCAAAAUUUCCACUACUGGUUCUCCAGAACUGGUCUGAACCUGUUGAAACCCACCUCUGCCCUGCGGGUGUGCCAAAAUUGAAAUCUCUUUUAUUUGCUUAAAUAUAUUCUUGAUCUGUGUCAGGAUGUUCCAAACUUGAUUGCAUCGAGACUUUUCUACGGGAUCUGUGGCUUUCCAUCUGUUUGCAAUGCCAGUGUUAACUUGUACCAGAAGGCUUAAAAUGGAUUCUUAAUCCUUUUUAAAUUAGCAGAAUUUCUAACGCAUCCCAAAAGCCAAUGGUUGUGAAACUAACCAUUUUCCAACAGAGUGUUAUAACACAGGUCUGUUUGUAUCCAUCAAGUAUUCUAAUCUUUAAGAGGGACUACUGUAUCUUGAGACCUUGAGAUGGUUUUUAACUGUAGCUCUCAUAAUCUCUUUAGCUAAAAACAUGGAGACAGCAAUAAUGGGGGGAAAAAUAUUCUCUUUGACCACUUUCUAAAACAGACAUGGGUUUUAAAAGUUAAUUUUAAAGGAUUUGUCUUGGAAUAAAUAUUUAGCUUUCCAAUUUAACUUGGAUAGAAAGUCCUUUCAGAUCUUUGCAAAUGUAAAUUUUUCCCCCCGUUCAUAAUGUGAAGGAUAACGUACUUGUUUCUAAAUUUACGAAAAAAUGUACACCAAUAAUCACUUUUGAGAUCCAAUAUGGUUAAAACGUAUUAAUUUGAUGCUCUUUUACAUUGCCAGUGAUAAACUUUCAUCUUUGAAGAGCCUGGAAUAAUGCCUUGUUUUGUUGUUCUCAGCAUAGUAGUUUUCAAACAAUGCUCAGAUGGAGAAUUACAAUACUUGUAUCUACUGAAGAGUAAACACCACUAAAGGUCUUGGGAAUUAUUGGC